ACAAAUUACGUAAUCCUUGGAUGACCGUCGUCACAAAUCGGGCAGUGUAGUGGAGACGGAGCUAAAAGAGGUCUUUCACUGCUGGGAGCGAGGCUGAUUCAUGAGCAGAAUACCCGAGGAGAGGUUGCAUGAUUGAGAGACAGUGAGAGAUGGCAAGUGAGGAAGGAGAGAUGUCCACCAUUUCAGCUCAUGAUCUGGCCAGAGAGAUUCACUCCAACCAGGACUGCGUGGUGUUGUUGGACUGCAGACCUGUCUUCUCCUUCAGUUCCUGCCACAUCUCUGGGGCCGUCAACAUCAAUCUCGCCUCCGUCAUGAGGAAGAGAUUCAUGGCCGGGAAGAUUGGUCUCCCUGACCUCAUAUCAUCUCCCCACUGCAAGACUCUGCUCCAGAACGGAGGCUCGGGGAAGGUGGUGGUAUACGAUGAAUCCACAACUGACCCAAACUCUCUCUCCUCAAACACCACCGCCCACCUCGUCAUUAUGGCUCUCAGCAAGAUGGGCAACACUCCACUACUACUCAAAGGAGGUAUCUGUGAGUUUGGGGUACUCCACCCCAGUCUGUGUGAGGUCAGUGUUACUCCAGUACAGAGGGCCAUCUCUGCUGGACCUAGAGCCACCACUCCAGGUCAGAGGGACCAGGCUCUAGACUGGAAGACUGCUCCUCCUGUCUUUAUUCUCUCUUUCCUGGUCCUGGGAAGCCAGAAAGACGCACACUGCAAACAGGUUAUCUUGUAUAUACAUGUGUAUGUAUGCACACAUUCCUGUCAACCAUUCAGAAAUCCUUCCUACUGUGAAUAUGUGUGUGUAUGACAAUUUUGAAAAGGCACCAAUCCACCAUUGCCUGGCUAUGCAGUCAAGGUGUGGCUACAGUACAAAGUUAGUGCUGCUGAUGAGAUAUCUACAUAGUACAUGUAUGCAUAUCAAGUACUGUAGUCAUUUGGUACGAAAUCUCAGUCGGUGACCAAAGUUUUGGAGUUAAGGAGCGUCGUGCCUGCCAACCCUUAAAGGGAAUGUAUCCUAGAAACUGUUUCUGAAACGUAAACAUACAACUACACAUUCUUCCACUGGGCACUAUUUGUCUUUUUGCAACAUUUCUAUGAGUUUAGCUCCUGUUACUAUUGCCACAUUCUGACACUCUCCCCUCCCCUCCCCCUGUCUUUGUCACUGCAGGUACUACAGGAGUUUGGAGUGAAGUACAUUCUCAACGUGACGACAAAGUGUCCCAACUACCACGAGGAGGACAAGGAGUUUGAGUACAAGAGAAUAGCAGUCACUGACACCGGGACACAGAAACUCUCCCAACACUUUAGAGAGGCCUUUGAGUAUUGCGUGAGCGUCUGAGGGAGGCAGGCGAGGGAGGAGGAGAGGAGGUGUGGGUAAAGCCUGCAUUGCAUCGAGCUCU